GGAACUGGUAGCGUCAGGACAAAGGUGGAAGGUCAAAGGGCACGGGUGCUGCAAACAUGACCCGCCUGGCUGCACGGCGCUCUCUGCUCGCGGCUGUCCUCGGUGUCUCCUGGCAGCAGCGACUUCUCGGUCACCAUGUUGUCCCGGCUGCAUGGAGACGCCAGUGUUUCAGUGCCGGAAGCAAAGCAGAAGACAGCGCUCAGGUUACUCCACUCCUAAAGCAUCUCAUGUUCAAAAUAAAGUCAACUGGCCCUAUUACAGUCGCUGAAUAUAUGCGGGAAGUUCUAACUAAUCCUGUAAAGGGUUACUAUAUGCACCAUGACAUGCUGGGAGAAAGAGGAGAUUUUGUUACUUCACCUGAAAUAAGUCAAAUCUUUGGGGAGUUAAUAGGAAUAUGGUACGUUAGUGAAUGGAUGGCCACUGGCAAACCUAAAACUCUCCAACUGGUGGAACUAGGCCCAGGUAGAGGCACUCUUACAGAUGAUAUUUUGCGGGUCUUUAACCAGCUUGGCUCUUUACUCAAUAAAUGUGACAUUUCUGUUCAUCUGGUAGAGGUGAGCCCCAAACUAAGUGAGAUCCAAGCGUUGACGCUCACAGGAGGGAAGAUAGAAUCAGAGCUUGAUGUUACUUCCCCUGUCUACAUGAAAGGCAUUAGCAAGGCUGGAAUUCCAAUCUUCUGGUACCAAGAGCUGCAAGAUGUACCACAAGGUACCAGCUUUUAUUUAGCACAUGAAUUUUUUGAUGCCUUGCCAAUACAUAAAUUUCAGAGAACAGAACAAGGAUGGCGUGAAGUGUUGAUUGAUAUAGAUCCAAAAGCUCCUGACCAACUGCGGUUUGUUCUGGCACCAUCUGCCACGCCUGCUACAGAAUACUUCAUCCAGGAUAAAGAAGAAAGAGAUCACGUGGAAGUAUGUCCUGAUGCUGGCAUCCUCAUUCAGAGACUUGCCUGUCGUAUUCAAGAGGAUGGGGGAGCUGCACUGAUUGCUGAUUAUGGUCACAAUGGAAAUAAGACUGACACUUUCAGGAGUUUCCGCAGUCAUCAACUUCAUGAUGCAUUAAUAGCUCCAGGUACAGCAGACCUGACAGCAGAUGUUGACUUCAGCUAUCUCCGAACCAUGACACAGGGAAGAGUAGCCACAUUGGGACCACUAAAGCAACAGGAAUUCUUAAAGAAUAUGGGUAUUGAUGUCCGGCUGCAGGUGCUAUUGCAAAAUUCAAGUGACACAGCAAUGCACAAACACUUGCUUCAAGGCUAUGAUAUGUUAAUGAAUCCUAAGAAAAUGGGAGACCGCUUUCAUUUUUUUGCCCUGCUGCCUCAUCAGAGACUUGCACAUUCUGAUCAGAAAGUGAAUCUACAACACUCAAAAUCUCUUUCCGCACCUGUUGCUGGAUUUGGUGAACUUAUCUGGAAAUAAAGCCAAAGAUUAGACACUGUAUAAUUGAUGGGAGCCUGCCAGUAACUAUUAAAGUCACAACAAAGAAAAUGAAGUCUAUGCAUUUUAUAGUUUUACAUAUUCAAGAAAACAAACUUUUCUUGUAAUGGAUCACUUGUCUGUAUGCAACCAGGAUUUAUUUAACCGGGUUAUGCACUGCCUUUGUGCUGAUGUACAAGCACAGGAAAUGUACCAUCAUUCUGGCCUGCUGCUUCCCAAGACAGCUUCUUUGUGCCUCCAUCUUAGGUACGUACCUGUGGUUUCCUUGGAACCUGAGGCAGCAUUAAAGGCCCAAAGAUUUCUCCCCAGAUUCUCAGCGAUUUCCCUGGUUACACCCCUCUUAACUGUAGCCCUCCAUUACACCUCAAACAGGCUGCAGUGAUAAAUCUAUAUGAUGCUCAUCUGUUGUGGGUAACUGGGCUACUGUAAUUAACUAGAAUGACCUGUGUUGUGUAUAAGCUAACAUCAAACUGAACAAAUUUGAGCAGUUCCUAUACAAGAAAGGUAUACACAGUAAAUGAGCAAACUGUUUGUUCCAGUGGAUUUUCACUUUUAACACUUUGAUUGUGAAUGACAUACCUGUGAAAUCAGGUUUUACUGUACUUAUUAGUUGACUUACAGCCAUUAUCACCGACUGCAGGGGUGCCCAACAGCCCACCAGAGCAUUUCUUAAGGCCUAGGGUCUGCAUCAACACAAUACUAACAGCCAAUGCAGUGUAAACUAAAAUGAUGUAAACAUAACACUAAUGAUUUCUUGUUUUUAAAUAGGUUGUUUCUAUGUACAGUAUUGUCUAAAUACAUAUGUAACAAGCAGAACUUAAAUAUAAAUCAAUAGAGGUGACUGUAAAUCUUAUUAAAAUAUGUAGAAUCUUUUGACCUACCCAAGGUUGUGUGUGGGUUUACAUGGCCCUCCUGUGUAAUAAAGUUGACCACCACUGACCUAAUGGACAAAAAAGUUAAUUACUACAGUCCCAGGAGUCUCACUUCUCCUUUCCUGGGAGAAAGCUGACACACUUCUAUGGUUGAAAUUUUCUCAGUGCAACUGGUCCAAAGUGGAAUGAAAAUGUUGCCUUCUAAGGCACACAUGUAUAUGUAGGUGGUGUCAACUGCAACAAAAGGUUAGGUGAAUAAAUCACUUUACAAUGGAAACCUUUUAUGGUACAGCCAGUAAAUAGUAUUCAUUUGGCCACAUUUUCCUACUGCUUGCUACAUUCUGGGUGUACUUUUAACAGUAAAGUUACAUUCAUGCUGCAAUAGAAUACACCUUGAUAUGUUUAUUUUACUUUUCCCACUAUUCUAGUGCUUACACUGUUACUGCCUAUUCUGUAAGAAUUUAAACACAAACGAAGGAAUGACUAAGUGAAAAAGAAAUAGCUGAACUAUGACAGUUCUAGAAGGUGAAAGAAAAAUUGCGUAACAACUUUGGCUAUUAGGAGGUACUGUCAAAAAGAUAUCAUACUUGACCUACGUUAACAUUGUUUGAUGUAAUAAGACAUUUGGGGAAUGUCCUGUGGAUUCUAACUAAGUAUAUUUGUUUAAAACCCA